AUGACCUCAGCAUAUUUGCAUACACACUUCCUGCAACCACCAAUGAUUGCUCGAGGCACUCCACGAGAAUGUUUGCCUCCCAGACCUCCUGUUAAGAGUGCUCCUCCUCUCAGCCGCGUGUUUGGUCAUAGACUUAGACAGAAGGCUUUGCCUGUAUCAUUCAGACGUGUUCAGAAUCAAAUCUGCCUGAUGAAUCCCAACUAUGAUGCGAGUAACAAGGAACUUUACUUCAAUCAGUGCUUUGAAGUGGUGUCAAAAAUUGGUGCUGGUUCCUUUGGGGAGAUUUUCUUUCUCUCCACUUUAUUCCCCUCCUCCUUCCUUUUUACUCUUCAGCAUAAGAAACUCUGUAGUGUCAGUCGUUCAUUUGAUCUUAAAUAUGUCAUUCGUCAGAUGUUGGAUCAUGAUCCAAACAGUCGCCCAAGUGUUGACCAAUUAUUGGCCUUCCCUUGCAUCAGAAAGAGCUCUCCAAUCAUCUAUCUUUAUAAAUUUGAAAUUCGUUUUGGAGGUGUAGUUUUAAAUUAUCUAUCUAUCUAUCUAUCGGGAAAUCAAGUAAAGAAACGAGCUGCUGCUUGUACCAUUUUCUUUCUUGUUGAUGAUGUCUCUCUCUCCUCUCUAUCCUGGUUGUUGUCAUCGUCUUCAUACUUGUGUGGUGUUAGGUGUGGCUCUAGUGGUUUGCCAAGUAUUACACGCCCUUUUCUUAUCUGUAGUUCUACACCAGUGGCAGAUUCAUUUGUGAACCAAUGUGACAAUUCAAAUGAUGAUAAACGACCCUCAACACCAAUCAUAAUCCCCAAUGAUGGUAUACGACCAAUUGAACCUAAAAAUUUAUUAGGGAUGUUUGAUGCUGCCAGUGAUGAAGACCAACUCUGA